AUGGCCGUCGACACCACCACCGCCGCGCCUUCCCACCCUGAAGGCGACGAAGGCGGUGAAGAGGCAGUGCGGCCGCUCCUCUCCGGCGCGCCCGCUGAGGUGGAGGAUGAGGAACUGGACAUCAGGUACGCGCCCUAUGCGCGCCGUGAUGCGUACGGGCCGAUGGGCCGCGGGCCGCUCUCUGCGGCGCAGGUGGCACGGUUAGUGCUGGCGGGCGUCGUUCUCCUCCCGCUCCGUCUCGUCGCAGGGGUGCUCCUGGUCGUCGCCUACUACCUCGUGUGCCGUGUGUGUACGCUGUUUGUGGGCGGAGUGGGAGAGGGCCGUCCCCGCCUACAGGGGUUGAGGAGGGAGGCCGUGCUGCGUGCUGGCCGCGUGUUGUCGCGGGCAAUGCUGUUCGUGUUCGGGUUCUACUGGAUCCCCGUGUCCGAUCGAAGCUUCCCCAAUGCCGAGGAUGUACCUAAAGAUCACUAUGAAGAACUGGAAAGACCAGGGGCGAUUGUAUCUAAUCAUGUGUCAUAUGUGGACAUUCUUUAUCAUAUGUCAGCUUCUUCUCCGAGUUUUGUUGCUAAGAACUCAGUGUCCAAGUUGCCGUUGAUUGGUCUCAUAAGCAAAUGUCUUGGGUGCAUUUUUGUUCAACGAGAAUCCAAAUGUUCAGAUUCUAAAGGUGUCUCAGGUGCUGUAACUGAAAGGCUCCAUGAGGUUUCACAAGACGAGAAUUCCCCUAUGAUCUUACUCUUUCCUGGUACAAAUCUGAGGAUACAUGAAUUGGGGGGAAAAGAAGGAAGAAGAACAGCAGCCGCCGCCGCCGAGGGUACUACUACGAAUGGGGAUUACCUUCUCCCAUUUAAGACAGGAGCCUUUCUUGCAAGGGCACCAUUGCAACCUGUAAUUUUGAGAUAUCCUUACAGGAGAUUUAGUCCAGCCUGGGACUCCAUGGAUGGGGCACGUCAUGUGUUUUUGCUCCUCUGUCAAUUUGCAAAUUACAUAGAGGUGGUUCGCUUGCCUGUAUACUAUCCUUCUGAGCAAGAAAAGCAGGAUCCUAGAGUCUAUGCCAACAACGUCAGAAAAUUGCUUGCGACUGAGGGUAAUUUAGUUCUGUCUAAUCUUGGGCUGGCUGAAAAGCGUGUGUAUCAUGCGGCACUUAAUGGUAAUAGUCCUCGUGCUCUGCAUCAGAAAGAUGAUUGA